AUGGAGUACGAAGACGUUCUGACCAACCAGCCUGUAGUUAUUGACAAUGGUUCUGGAGUUAUUAAGGCCGGGUUUGCUGGUGAUGAAAUUCCAAAUGUUGGAAGGCCAAAACAUGUUCGUAUCAUGGCAGGCGCCGUUGACGGUGAAGUUUUUAUUGGAAAAAAAGCACAAGAAUUGCGAGGUCUUCUUAAAAUAAGAUAUCCCAUUGAACAUGGCAUUGUAUCUGAUUGGGAUGAUAUGGAACGUAUAUGGAAAUAUAUUUAUGAAGAAGAAUUAAAAAUUGCGUCAGAAGAACAUCCAGUACUUUUGACCGAAGCACCACUCAAUCCAAGAAGUAAUAGAGAAUUAGCUGCCCAAAUGUUUUUUGAAACAUUCAAUGUUCCAGCCUUGUUUACGUCGAUUCAAGCAGUGCUGAGCCUUUAUUCUUCCGGCAGAACUACUGGCAUUGUUCUUGACUCUGGUGAUGGUGUGACUCACGCGGUUCCUGUUUAUGAAGGAUUUGCUCUUCCACACGCUAUCCGACGAGUUGACAUUGCUGGCAGAGAUGUCACAGAGCAUUUGCAGCUGCUUCUUCGUAAAGCGGGGUACAAUUUUCAUACCACUGCAGAAAAAGAAGUCGUUCGUAUUAUUAAGGAAAAAACAUGUUAUAUUGCAAUAAAUCCAUCAAAAGAGGAGAAGGAUACUAGCGGAAAAUUCGAGGAUUUUACUUUGCCUGACGGUAACGUUGUUAAGUUGGGUACAGAAAGAUUUAAAGCUCCCGAAAUUUUAUUCAACCCUGAGUUGAUUGGACAAGAAUAUGCUGGGAUUCACCAAGUUGUUGUUGAUUCAAUCAAUCGUGCUGACCUAGAUUUAAGGAAAUCGCUGUUUGCCAACGUUGUCUUAUCGGGUGGUUCAACGCUUUAUAAAGAUUUUGGUACAAGGUUGUUGAAUGAAGUGAGAAAAUUGGCUGUUAAAGAUAUCAAAAUCAAAAUAUUUGCUCCUCCAGAAAGAAAAUAUAGUACAUGGUUUGGUGGUUCUAUAUUGGCUGCCUUGAGCGCAUUUAAAAAGGUUUAA